AUGAAUCCGCUGCCGAACCGGGACACCCCUUCUUCGCCUUCACCGACCAACAGCAACGACGUUGCGCCUGCAUCCGAUGAAGAAGAUGGCGACCUUUUCGGCAGUGCGGAAGACCUUUCGCUCCCGAGCGUCGGAGGAGAGGAUUUCCCCCCCUGGGCGCUCGGCCUGGACCUCACUGCGGACAUCGAGGCUUUGAAAGCAAGGGAAAGAGAAACGAAUGAGGCGUGCAAACCUGCGGCUUCGAAAACAUCCGGUACUGGCGCCAGGAGCACCGGACAUGCCAGUUCCCAAGACUCCAAGCCAGUCUCCAUGCAGCAGAGAAAUUCUGGAAGGUUCAGCAGCGUCGAGGACAUUGAGCUGGGUCGAGCGGUUGCACACUACACCGGAGAGUUGAAGGGUCAAGUCUGGAAGAAGAUUGCCUUGUCUCUCCCAGGUAGAAGCGCCAGGCAAUGCCGCGAUCGCUGGUUCAACUACCUCGACACAAACCUGAAGAUGACCCCUUGGUCCACGCAAGAGUUUCGUCUACUGCACCUCGCCCAGGCAGCCCUUGGUAGAAAUCAAUGGGCGAAGAUAAAGAAUAUACUCCCUCAGAGGUCGUCUGUGGGUAUCACAACUGCGUCCAAGUCGACCGAGAUGCAAGAGUGGCGGAAGACCUUCGAUGAGACGUCGGCCGACCCGGAAACCCUUCGACUGUUCCAUGAGCGGAUGGAGACUUCCUCGCUGUCCAACAAGAAUCGCUCGAUACCGAGCAAGGAAACGUUCGUACCACCAAGCGACUCCGGUGGCGGAACAUCCGCCAAGGACGACGGUGCGAUGUUCAGUGGAAGCCUAGAGGGGCUCUCCAGCACCCGAGACUCGCUCUCCAGCCAGAAGAGGGUCGUCCUAGUGGUCUGGACGAAGGAGGAAGACGCGAGAUUGACCCAUCUUGUAAUAACGAACGGCGAGGGAAGUUGGGAUCAGAAGGCUGCAGAUCUUAGUGGUGCCCUGCUGGAAUCGCGCCAACGACGAGAGGCCGAGGGCCAGGCAUCAGGUCGGCCGGGUGUGUUCACGCCCAAGACCGGUCGCCAGUGCUCCGAGAGGUGGACGACGCACUUGGUGGCUCGGGUGCAGAAAAAUCCCUGGACUAAGUCUGAAGACGAAACGUUACGGCAAGCCGUGAGAAUUUCAUCCGCAAACAAGGAGGUUUCUGCGUACGAGGUCUGGAGAGUAGUGGCUAAGACCGUCGCCUUCCGGACUGGUUGGGAAUGCCAACACCGCUGGCGUUCUAUCCAGGACGUUGCCUGGACGAAUAGAGAGUGGGAAAGUCUUUCCCAAGCACAGGGAAAGAGAGCGGAUAGGUCGUCGUCGCCCGACAGGUUCAAGAAAGAGAGGCGCAGCAGGUGA